AGGAAAAAAAAAAACCAAACUCGAUUGGAACGACCAGUUCACGUCCGCAAAGGACAUGCGAUACGGUGUCUCUCUAUUGCCUUCAAAUGCGAACUCAACCGCAUAACCGCGGAUCCAUCACAGGUCUAGAGAUCGAUUGUCGCGCACUUCCAAUCUACUCAAUUUAUUCUUCAUUCCUAUAUCUGCUGUAAUCAGCACAACAAUGCAGGGCCCUGCGCCUCUGUAUAUAUGUAUUCGUUAAACGGUCCGUAGCAAUCAGUAUUAUCAUUUCCAAGGGCGCGGUCACAUGGAGAAAGUAAAGGGGACCGAGGGUUUCAAUGGCUUCGUGGAGGUGUGUCUCAGAAGUGAAAAUUCGUUGCAGUGCGUGAUGGAGGCACAGAGAGAGCUCCUCCACAACCAGAUCGAGGAGUUGCAAAAGAUUGUAUUCGUGCAGUGCCGACUUACAGGCAUAAAUCCCCUCGCACAGGAAAUGGCAGCUGGUGCACUUAACAUUAAAAUAGGUAGGAGACCAAGGGACCUAUUGACUCCUAAAGCUAUCAAAUGUCUGCAAGGAGUUUUUGCAAUUAAAGACACAGUUACAAAGAGGGAAGCUCGAGAAAUUAGUGCUCUUUGUGGUGCUACUAUUACACAGGUUAGAGAAUUCUUUUCUGGGCAGCGGUCCCGAGUACGGAGGCUUGUCCGACAGGCACAUGACAAAACAAAUAAUAUACAAUCAGGCAAUACACCUGACGAUGGUGUUCCAAGUGCCAUAAAACAGUCCGGUUGUCUGACAACUUUGUUACAUUACCCAAAUGCAAUUGGAAUUAGGACUGCUGGGAAAGAUUCUUGUCGGUUACCAGAUGACAAAUCCUUUGAAGACAGAGAAUCAUUUGAUACAAAUUUCAUUAGAGGUUUUUUCUUUUUAAUGAGAAAGGAAGGCACAUUUUCUGGUCAGGUCCAACUAUUGGAGCGGAUUUUACAGAUACAUGAUUCAACAGUUUUGUGCUGGUUUGUAACCAAAGGAGGCAUACCAAUUCUGUCCAAAUGGCUGAGUCAGGCAUCAGUUGAAGAGCAAACAACUGUGUUACAAGUCAUAUUCAAGGUUCUUUGUCAUUUGCCUCUACAUAAAGCCUUGCCUGUUCAAAUGUCGACUAUACUGCAGACUGUAAAUAAACUUCGAUUUUAUCGUACAUCAGACAUCUCCAACAGGGCGAGGGUUCUCUUAACAAGAUGGAGCAAGCUGUUUGUGAAGAGUCCAAGUGGAAGGAAAGCUACAUCUUCAAGCUUUCAAGUUCAUGCACAGAAAGGAGGUCUGCAAGGACGGGAUGUUAUUUCUUCCAAGAAAAGGGUGGAUGAUUCAUCAAGGGAAGAAAAUCAUGAUAAUUACAAAAGAGUCAAGGCAAGCAGCAUUGAGGAUUCUCAUGAAUGUAUGAAAAUGAAGCUGGUACGCACAAUUACAGGCACCAACUCACCAAGGCAGUCAAGGCUAUUGCAAAGCUCUGUGCAAACUUUGGAUUCUGAGUGCUCAAAAAAACGGCCUUCUCAUGCCCUUUCUCUUGAUCAAACUAAAGAACGCAGAAAAGUCCUCUUGGUAGAAGAUCCUACCACAGUAAUGGGCAGGAGAAAAAUGAAUAUAGGAGUAAUUUCAAAAACUUGCUCGCGUCCACUUUCCGCUGAUGAUAUUCAGAAGGCAAAAAGGAGAGCUCAGUUGUUGAAAAGUAGGAACAGUGAGUCUGAUAUCUUAAAGGUUGAAGAUGGUCAUUUGGAGAAAGCAAAGCCUUCAGAAUCAGGUGUUACACGCUCAUUUUCUCACAGAGAUCGUAAAAAAGCUGGUUGUAGCAAAGCUGGUCAACAAGAGUCCAGUAUUUUAGAGGUCCCAUUACGAGGUUGCCAAGAUAGUCUACAAGAUGUGAACAGCAGUAAUCUUGUAGAGGAGACAAUAAAGAACGUGCCAAUACAUUUGGGAGAGUUUCAUAACCCGAUAGAGAAUCAAAUACAUGAUACAGGAAAGAGUUUGAUGAUUCAAGAACCGUCAUUGAUUAUGAAUGAACAGUUUAGAAAGAUUCAUAUUCUCAAGGACAAUCUUGAAGAGGAGACAGGAAAGAACUUGCUGGUGCAAGAAGCUUCAUUAACCAUGGUUGAACAAUUUGUAGCUCCUCAAAUUUAUAAAGAGAAUUUCAUAGAUGAGCCAUUAUCAAGAAUGAGUGAACAGUUUGGAAUGACUCCAGUUCCUUGGGUUACUCCUCCAGAGAUGAGGAUUGAUCCUUCUUGGAGGUUUGCUAGUGGGCAAGAAAGUAAAGAAGUGGAAUUUCAGUCAGAUCGUGUUAAGAGGGAAAAGGAAUCUGUCUAUGCAAAUGAAAUGUCUAUUCCAUCUGAACCAAAGGAGCCCUGGGAUAUUGAAUUAGAUUAUGAUGAUAGUUUGACUCUUGAAAUUCCAUUAGAACCCAUUGCCACAGAGGAUGGUGCUAAACUAUUUUCCCAAGGGAAUGACGAAAGGCAGCAACUUCAAGAAAUUGGAAAGGAUUUGAAAAUUGAAGGUUCCGCCUCUUUCACGGAAUGUCAUAAUCAGAAAAUUUAUAUUGAUGUGCAUAAAACUGUAGGUGAUGUGGAGGAUUCUUCAUGUAGAGAGCUCAAUUCAGAUUCCUGGAAGCAAGUUAGAAGUAAUGGUGAACCUGGGCCUGACCUUGAAUUGUUGGCAGUACUGCUAAAGAAUCCUGAUUUGGUGUUUGCAUUGACUUCAGAGCAAGGUGCACGCUUCAAUAAAGCUGAAACAGUGGCUCUGCUUGAUCUUUUGAAGGCUACGGGCCCAAAACAAGAAAGCUUUUGUGGAGUUUCCAGUUUUGCUUCAAACAAACAGGAUAUUAUUUCUAGCUCAGGUUCCUCUAAUGCUGAGGUUAUAAAAUAUGAAGAACCUUUGAUGGAGGAUAGUGCAACCUCAGCAUCCAUUCUACACUCUGUUCAAAGACUGGCUGAACAAAUAUCUACUGCUGCCGAGGCUUCAUCCAUUCAUAUGUUGCCAGCAAAUCAUGAGAAUUCAACAAAUUCAUUGUAUAGGAUGGGGCAUGGAGAUAGUAAUGAUAAUGGACCCAUUUCUCACUUGUUAAAGAAGCAAAAGUUGUCUCCUCCCCAUGAUUGUGUAUCACAGGCUUUUGUGUUUCCUCAGGACACUGAACAAGCUUUAGUUUGGGAGGCCCCAGAAAAACUGUAUAGGUCUCAAGACAGUUGGUUACAAGAAGACACUGCUAACCCACCAUCUGUUGUUCCACUGGUAAGGCCCGUGUUGACUGCAAACAAAGACUUCCGACCUGAAUAUGUUAGAUUUUCUAGCACUUCUCAACUGCCAAAUUGGCCACUGGUUCAUGGACAAAAUGAUUUCAAAGAUGCAAACAUAAGCAAGCAUGGUUUUGGAGUUUCAACUCUACAUUCAAUGACUGUUGAAAAUGAUUUACUAAAAACCAUUAAUAAAGUACCAUCUAGUGACUUGUCUGUUGCUCAGCCCACUUUUAAGCACAGUCCUCUGAAUGGAACCAGUGGGCCCUUGCCUGUUAUGAUUCCGGCAGGGAAACCUACAAAACAGAGUACAUCACAAGCUUUGUUGCCAAGACGUCAGCCUUUUGUCAGACAAGGUCCUAUGCAUCAGGGUCACAUCAGAGCACCAAAUUCUCCAGUUAGUCCUGGUCUGCGAGUCAUUGAGAGUAUGCAAACUUCUUCAAGCAAUGGUGCAGGAUUUACUCAAGGUGGGAUUUCAGAAAGAGGUGAUCACAUUGAUCGCAUAAGGAGCUUGGUAAUGGAUUUUGGACGGGACACUGGAAUGGCACACGCAAGAAACAGUUUUUCUGCUAAUAGUCAGGGACAUGGUUUGAGAACUAAUGUUUUGCCUCCACCUUCAAAUUAUCCUAACAAUGUAUUGCCACCCGUUCAGCCAAAUCUGGUUGGACCAGAACCUGUUGAAUGGUUUCACUCAAGAAGACCUCACAAUUACUCUCAAAGCUCUAUUAUGCCUAGGCCCAAGAAUAGUGCUCCUAGAAAUACAAGGGCACCAAAUGUAGGAGACGAUGGAUUCCAUCCAGCACAUAAUCUUUCUCAUAGGACAAUGGACUUGGACCACUCUAAUCAACUUGAUAGUUUUCAACUUCAAGGUCCUUGGGGGUGGACUGGAAGGAGAGCUCCCCCAAGAUCAGGGUGGCGAUGAUACUGGUGAAAUAGAGUUUCUAUUUAUUUUUACAUGUAACAUAAUUUAUUUCAGAGCUCUGAUAUUCUUAUAUUUGGAUUGUGGAGGAAGUUAUUGCAGAAUAGCCUUUUGCAAGGAGGGGGAGAAAUACCUGGAUAGAGCAGAGCAAGAUUGCAAAUUAAAUGUGUUGGAGUAGACUUUUAUUGUACAUGCAGUCUAGGAUACUGAGGCAAAUUGAAGCUGGUUAUAUUCUCCCACUGGCUUAUUGUUUUUUAGCAUCACUUAUGUUGGUGUUUGAUACUUCAUAUCUGCAUUAUUGUCUUAUCAGAUUUUCUCAGUUUUGUAAAAGUUAUUGAAAUCACAAUGUAAUGAUUACAGCAUGCCAUGUUAACUAACAGUAUUAAAUGUAAAAAAUUAUCUUGAACUUUAUAUCAACCUUAUUAACUCGAAGUUUAAGUUAUUGCAAGACAAA